UUAACUUGUAUUAACUACUAAAUUUGUAAAUUAUGUAAUUAUAAUAAACUAUAUAAUUUUAUUGUAUUAGAUAGGUUUAUAUUUUAUUUUAUUAUACCAAUACAUAAUAAUGAAUACAUAUUUUUCAGUUUACAAGUUAAAUUACUUAGUGAAAAUAUUGACUCAGAUAGAGUAAUUUGUAUUAAAUUAUUUUUGUGAUAAUAUUUUUUUUACUUUACUCAAAUGUGAGCUAUAGUAUCAUUAUUAUAGUUAUUAGUUUGAUAUACCUAAAUUAUAUGAAGUCAUGCAAAGUAAAAAUCAUAAGGAAGAAAAAAAACUACUCCACAGCAUUUGUGAAGUUAAUAUUGAUGGAAAAAUGGCUUUAGUGUCCUUGUACGAUGAUCUUCCUCAUUUUGAGUAUGAUCAGACAAUUGAUAAUUUGAAGGAUUCAAUUAUAAAAUUGAAAACAUAUAAUCGAGAACUGAAACAACGUAUUCAACAAUUGGAAAAAGAAAAUACUCAUUUCAAAUCUGUUAAUAUGGUGUUAUCUAAAAAUAUCACAUCAUUAUAUAAAACUGCUAGUUGUGAAAUCCAAAGGAAAGAUAAAAUAAUUGAUGAUCUUCGCAAAAGUCAAGUUGUUUCACUACCAUCCACAUCAAAAAUUUUUUCUUCUAUAAAUGAUAAUCAAAUAGAAAAAACUGAAGUAAAUAAAUUAUCUGAAAGUAAGAAGAAUACAGAACAAAUCAAGAAUACUGUAGAAAAAACUAAAAUACUAAACCCAAAUAAUAAUAAUGAUAAUAUUAUAAGCACUGUAAUCAAGCCUAAUGUUGAUGUUCCUAAAACAGUUUAUUAUAAAAGAUUAUGUCAAAAAUUAGCCCUACAAAAUGUAACUUUAGAGUGUAAAAAACCGAUACCACAACAUACAGAAAAUAUGAAUACCGUAGAUAAAAUAAUAAAAGAUAAAAAUGUAGAGCUUAAUUAUGAUGAAAAUAUACUAAAAGAAAUGACAACUUCUCUUAUUCAUAAUGAAUCUAAAGAUAUUAAUUCUACACUAGUAAUUUGUGAACCAGAUAUAACACCAAGUAAUUGUGAACUUGAUACUACUCCAGUUAUUCAAUGUGAAAAUGUGGAGAAAGAUAAAGAAAAUGUUUCCGUAAAAUCAUUUUUUUCAAAACUAGGACAACCAACUAAAUCAAAAAAAAAAUUAAUCAUAAGUCCAUGUACUAUUGGUGUUCAAAAUAAACACCCCAAAACUUUCAAAAAUGCUAAAAAAUUAAACCAAAUUAACAAUUUGUCUUCAAUAACACAAUGUGAGAAUAAUAAUUCUCCAAAAAAACAAAUAAUUAAAUCUUUAAACAAAGACAAUCAGUCAAUAUGUGUUGAAAAUAAUAUUCCAGAAUAUAAUCAAACAACCGAUAAUAAACCACUUACAAUAGAAAGUACAUCUCAACAAAAGAAUAAUCAGUCCACAUGUAAUUUAGAUACUCUUAAACGUAUAAACGAUAUCACAGAAUCUAAGCACUCUAGUAAUUCAAGUAAAAGUUUCUCUAAAAACACUCUAAUUGAAACAAGUCCUGCAAAUAAAACUGUUAUACCAUCUAUUAAUAACGAAGUUGAACAAGUUCCAAUCACAAGAGAAACUAAUGUAAUAAAAAAUGAUGAUAAUAAUUCUCUGAACAAAUUUAAUGAAGAUACUCAGUCAUCAUGCCUUCUGAAUAAAGAUCAAACAACUAAGUAUGAUUCAAAAACAGAUAAUAAUCUACUUUUAAAAAAUAAUCAAAAACAAUCCAUAAAUAUUGAAGUUGAACAAUUUCCUAUUAGAAGGAGAAAAGCAGUAAUAGAAAAGGACGACGGUAAACUUGCACUAAGUAAUGUCAGAAAACAUCCACAUGAUACUUAUAUGAGUCCUUCAAACAAAAAUGAAAUAAUCAAGUCAACAGAGAAUGUAAAAUGUUUUUCAAUGAAUAAUAAUAAAGAAUCAUCAAGCCCAUCUCGACAAAAGAUUAACCAAUCUACAUGCAAUUUAGAUUCUCUUAAAUGUGUAAAUGAUAUCACAGAAUCUAAGCACUCUAGUAAUUCUAGUAAAAGUUUCUCUAAAAAUACUCUAAUUGAAACAAGUCCUGUAAAUAAAACUGUUACACUAUCUAUUAAUAACGAAGUUGAACAAGUUCCAAUCACAAGAGAAACUAAUGUAAUAAAAAAUGAUGAUAAUAAUUCUCUGAACAAAUUUAAUGAAGAUACUCAGUCAUCAUGCCUUCUGAAUAAAGAUCAAACAACUAAGUAUGAUUCAAAAACAGAUAAUAAUCUACUUUUAAAAAAUAAUCAAAAACAAUCCAUAAAUAUUGAAGUUGAACAAUUUCCUAUUAGAAGGAGAAAAACAGUAAUAGAAAAGGACGAUGGUAAACUUGCACUAAGUAAUGUCAGAAAACGUCCACAUGGUACUUAUAUGAGUCCUUCAAACAAAAAUGAAAUAAUCAAGUCAACAGAGAAUGUAAAAUGUUUUUCGAUGAAUAAUAAUAAAGAAUCAUCAAGCCCAUCACGACAAAAGAUUAACCAAUCUACAUGCAAUUUAGAUACCCUUAAAUGUGUAAAUGAUAUCACAAAGUCUCAACACUCAAAAAAUUCUAAUAAAAGUUCUCCUAAAAACACUCUAGUUGAAACAAGUCCUACAAAUAAAACUGCUAAACCAUCUAUCAAUAUUGAAGUUGAACAAGUUCCAAUUAUAAGAAAAAGUAAUGUAAUAAAAAAGGAUAAUAAUACUCUAAACAAAUUUAAUGAAGUUACUCAGUCAUCGUGUCUUCUGAAUAAAGAUCAUAAAACUAAGUUUGAUUCAAAAACAGAGAAUAAACUACUCUUAACAGACAAACUUCAUGACCAAAAAUUAUCCUCUUAUGAAAAACAAAAUCAGACUCCAUCUGUAAAUAUUGAAGUUGAACAAUUCCCUAUUAGAAGGCGAAAAUCAGUAAAAGAAAAGGACAAUAAUAGUCUAGUUCUAAGUGAUGUCAAAAAAAAUUCACAUAUUACUUGUACUAGUCCUUUAAUCAAAAAUGAAUUUAACAAGUCAACAGAGAAUGUAAAAUGUUUGUCUAUGAAUAAUAAUAAUAAAGAAUCAUCAAGUUCAUUUCAACUAAAGAAUAGUCAAGCCACAUGUGAUUUAGAUACCCAUAAGUGUGCAAAUAAUGUCACAGAAUCCAAACACCCAAAUAAUUCUUGUAAAAGUCCCUCUAAAAAUAUACCUGUUGAAACAAGUCCUACCAAUAAAAUUUCUAUACCAUCUGUCAAUAUUGAAGUUGAGCAAGGGUUCAUUUUUAAACAAUCAAAUUCAAGAAAAGUAAUAAUGCAUUCAACUUUUGAUGAUAAACAAGGAACAAAAAAAGGAAGACGUGUUCAGUUGAUAACUAUACAAGAUCAUUAUUCAAACCCAGUGCCUAGUUUUAAUGGUGCUAAAAAAACAGAUAUUGAUGUUAGCAAUAAAUCUAUUCUUACAGAAAAAGUAGUUGAAAGUAGUAGUCACUUCUUUGUACCGCAAGUAAAAAGAAGAAGAACUAUGAAUUUUGGCAGUGCCGAUUCAUAAGUACUUAUUUUUUCAUACUUCUCUUAAAAUUAUUUAUAAUACUAUACAACAAUUAAUAAUUAUCUACUUCCCUAUUUAUUUUUGUAUGAAUGCCAUAUUUAUUUUGUUAUUUUUUUAUUUAUAUAUUACAUAAAUAAUGAUAUUAAAGCUGUGCUUAGUUGGUGGAUAAAACAUUUUGAGAUAAAAAAUGUUGAACAUAAUUAAUUUAGGUAUAAUAAAAAUUAUUUUUAAAAGAGUUCUAUUGAACAAAAAAAGGUUAAGAUUUUGUUGAUACACUAAUUUCUUUAACAUUGCUUUGUUUAAUUUAAUUUAAUUUUGUUUGUUUCCAUUUAAAUGAAAUAUUAAACUUUUUUGCCUGAUAAACCAUGUAAGAAGAUUCCAGAGUUCGGUUUAGAAAUAAGAUGGAAUAUAAAAUGUAAAUUUAUUAAAAAUAUAUUUAACUUAAAUGCGACAUAACUUCAAUUUUAAGGUACCUGAAUUCUAGUUUUAAAUUAUAAAUCAUUUUUUUAAAUGAUUAAAUAACCAUUUGAUUAUUAUUUUUAUUUGUAAAUUAUUUUACCAAAUUAGACAAAUAGUUGUUCUUAUAUAAAAUAUAUAAUUUGUUAUUGUUUUAUAGAAAUGUAAAAUAUAUUGUCAUAUUUUAUACA